AUGUCGGCACUUAAUACAUUGCAUUUUUGGGUGCAAUUUAGCUACCAAGCAACCAAAUGCAUCCAUGGGAAGAAGCACCGAAAGGCGGACGAGGUUGCCAUAGCAGCAGGACCAAACAGACCUGCGACUUUGGCUGUUCAGCUGCCAUCAGUGCUUAGACCACAAGCUCCCAUAAUACCCCGAGCACAUGCCGCCUUGAAACAGACCAUUCUUUUCCUCUAUUCCCCAAGGUUUGGUCCAAUGAAUCACUGUGAAUGUUCACAAACUAGUAAAUUGACCCUCUAUCAACUGGAAAACUAUAUAGAUAAAGAUAAACUUGAAUUCAUAAGGCAAAGACGUGAGAAGGAAUUCAAACAUUAUCAGACAAAGCAUCCAUUUGAGAAAAAAGAUAUCCUUUAACCAAAUAUUCCUUUGAGCUAUCCCAUUCAAGGGGCUGAGGUGAUACCCUUGCACACCAUUGUACUUCCAGGGCUAGGUUUCCAUGGAACAAGUAGAGAAACUUUAAAGGUUCUUCUACAGGCAUCCUUUGGUAAUCUGAAUACCCUUGCUGAUGUUUCUGAAGAAGUGGUCCAAGGUGUGCUGAUCAUCACUAAUUCCUAUGUGAAGCUUUUGAAUCACAUACUGAAACAUGUUACAUACACUAGUACAACAUACUGACUAGAUAUAGUGGAUAUGAUGAACUUUACAGAUGGAACUUACUUUGUUAGAUUUCCUGCGACCGUUCGACAACUGCACCUUCCUAAGCUAUUUGACUCAGGGCCAGAUAACAGCAUUAGAAACAUGGUAACCAUCACAAUAAAAGCAUUUGUACGCUACCACAAGCUGCGGAUUCUCCUGAAAAGCAUAAAACAAUACUAUCCGGAUACAACAGUAAUUGUGGCAGAUGACAGUGAACACCCAGAGAAGAUUGAAGAAGCAAAUGUUCAGCAUUAUAUUAUGCCUUUUGGAAAGGGCUAGUUUGCAGGGAAGAACCUUGCAAUUUCACAGGUCACAACCAAGUAUUAUCUUUGGGUGGAUGAUGACUUCACCUUCACUGAAAAAACAAAGAUCAAGAAAUUUGUGGAUGUGUUAGAGAAGAACAACUUGGAUGUGGUUGGAGGCAGUGUGGAUGGAAAUGAAUAUAAGUUUAAGAUGUUCUGUCAGGAAGGAGAAGAUAGCAGCUGUUUGUACCUCAGAAGUGGCUUCUACUAUCCCUUGGAAGGCUUUCCCAACUGUGUGGGGACUAGUGGUGUAACCAAUUUCUUCCUGGCUCAUACAGAGGAAAGCAGACGUGUUGGAUUUGAUCCUAAACUACAGAGGGUGGCUCAUUUAGAAUUUUUUAUGGAUGGGCUUGGAAGCUUGCAAGUUGGCUCCUGCAAUGAUGUUAUCAUUGGUCACCAGUCACACCAAAUUUCCACCAACAUACUAAGAAGGAAGCAGGAGACAGCCCACACUUCGGAUUCUCUGACCCGUACAACUGAGAAAGAACUUAGGUUUAAACUGCCCUUACAUUACUUUAAGAACAGAAUGAAAUGCUAUUCAAAGGGCAGAUUGAUUCUUCCAAGUCUGAAUAGUUUUGGAAUGAAUUCAGCAACUUUUAAUUAUUUUGUUUUAGGAGCUGUACUUUUCCUCUUUGACAACUCAAUGUUUUACAGACUUCAUUAAAAAAUGAUGGUUUUUACUGUCCUUUCUGAAUCUUCUCUACUGUGGAAGUUCUAAUAGAAGAAUUCUUUCUUCCAGCUCUUUAUAUAUUUAACAAU